CUCUGCCUCCUCCAAACUCCAAAGUCCACCCUUCCCAAAAAUUCAAACUUUACUAAAUUUGCAUUCAUUUCCCGCCCAAAACCCACACAAUCUUUAAAGUUUAAAACGAGAAAGAUUAUCUUCAAAUCCCAUUUUCGCCGUUUCCGUAUUAAUUUAUUGUUAAUAUAUUUGAUCCCCAAAGAAAAAUGUCAGACUCGUCGGUACGCCGGCGAAGAGAAUUAGCCACCGGCAACAAGAAACCUGCAAAAACCCUAACUCCACUCUCCAAUCCGACACUCAAAAAAUCAUCUUCCCGCAAAGAAAACCCAAGGCCUAGCAGUCUUUCUCGGGCUUCCGUGGUGGCCCAGAAGCCCUUGAUCCGAUCCAUUCCACGCGUCGAGAAGGCGGCGGUGCUUGGUGGCUCUGACAAUGAAAGCCGGAUGCGGUGGUCCACGUCAUCGGCUUCAAGAGGUAGGAGUCAGAGCCCAUCUGAAUUUAUUCGGGUUUUUGCUGAUUUGAAGAAAGAUAGGAAUUCAAUGGAUAGGGAAAAGAAGGGUUCUAGGGAUUUGAGAGUUAAAGGUUGCAAAGAAAAUAGUGGGUUUAGGGAACAUUUGGUGACGAAAGUGAAGGAAAAUGAGAGGAAAUCAAACAGGGUUAGGGUUUUGGACGAGCACGGUAAAAAAGAUGUUAACUUUAUCUCUGAUUUGGGAAAACCAAAUCGGGAUGAUAUUCAAAAUGGGGAUUUUAGGGCUUUUAAUGAAAAGAGUAUUUCCGAUUUUGGUUCAGAACUUGGAGCCUUUGUUAGGGUUGAUGAGAAAUGUAAUACAAAGUGUCUAAAAGAGAAGCCUUUGAGUGAUGGGAAGAGUUUGGAGGUUUCAAAAGCAAAGGACUUGAGUGUACAGGAGGGUGGAGGGAGUGGGGUUGGUGUUAAAUAUCCCAGCAAGCUUCAUGAAAAGCUAGCUUUUUUAGAAGGGAAAGUGAAGAGAAUUGCGUCAGAUAUAAAGAGGACUAAGGAGAUGCUUGACAUGAAUAAUCCGUUUGCCUCAAAGGUGAUAAUUUCUGAUAUUCAGGACAAGAUUUCGGGCAUUGAGAAGGCUAUGAAUCAUGUUGUGAGUGAUUCCAAUGGUAAAAUGAGCGCUUCAAAAGGUUCUGGUUCUGGAGAUGAAGAUGUGAGCACGAAAGGAGUUGAGAGGAGUCAGAGUAAGCACGAGGGUAAUGUUAAAAUUUCAGUUAAAGAAUUGAAUAGUGAGGAAUUGGAGGCUAGAUUGUUUCCUCAUCACAGGUUGCUUAGAAAUAGAACGUCAUUGAAGGAAUCAUCAGGAAGCUCUCAAAGUCAGGAACUCUCUAAUGCCAUAGACUCCAGUAGCGAAUUAACGGAGGAAAAGAAGCCAUUGAGUCCCAUUGAGGAUAAUCCGAUAGCUUUGGAGUUCUUGGCUUCCCUUGAUAAGGAGCAAACUAAAGUCACCACAACGAAUAAGCAGGUUUCUUUGGAGAAUUCUGAUACUCAGGAGACGGAUGGUGAUGGUGCUUCAGGAGCACAACGGCCUUUGAAAGAAUUUGAUGCAAAGCGUGUUAUGGAGUUCAAUCUUGAAUCAGAUGAAAAACUUGAGGACUUUUAUGAGCAAGAGAAUAGGCCAACUGCUGUUAUUGGUGAGGAGAUUGAAGAUGCUAGCAUUUAUCAGCUCCAUGAAAUUGGCUGCAAGACUUCAACUGGAGGAUGGUUUGUGUCAGAAGGAGAGGCAGUUCUUCUUGUUCAUGAUGAUGGGUCAUGUUCCUUUUAUGACAUUGCUAACUGUGAGGAGAAGGCUGUAUACAAGCCUCCAGCAGGUGUCUCACCUAAUAUGUGGAGGGAUUGUUGGAUUAUCCGUGCUCCUAGUGCCGAUGGUUGCUCAGGGAGAUAUGUUGUUGCUGCAUCUGCCGGGAAUUCUUUAGAAUCAGGAUUCUGCUCGUGGGAUUUCUAUACCAAAGAUGUGCGAGCUUUCCACAUUGAGUGUGGGGAAACAGCUUCAAGAACGGUACUUGGUCCCUUACAGAAUAACACUUUGUAUGGAAGAAAUGCUCUGUGCAAUAGUUUAUCACCAGAAACUCAGCAGUGGUGGUAUAAACCAUUGGGCCCUCUUAUCAUCUCAACUGCCAGCUCUCAGAAGGUUGUCAAAGUAUAUGACAUCCGUGAUGGUGAGGAAAUUAUGAGGUGGGAGUUGCAGAAGCCUGUGUCAACAAUGGAUUAUUCAAGUCCGCUGCAGUGGAGAAACAGAGGAAAGGUAGCUGUAGCAGAAGCAGAAAUGAUUUCUGUCUGGGAUGUGAACUCCCUAUAUCCUCAGACAUUACUAUCUGUCUCUUCAUCUGGUCGAAAAAUCUUGGCUUUUCAUGUAAAUAACACUGAUGCUGAGAUAGGUGGAGGGGUUAGGCAAAGAGUAAGUUCCUCAGAAGCUGAAGGUAACGAUGGUGUAUUCUGCACUCCAGAUUCUAUUAAUAUCUUGGAUUUUCGCCACCCAUCAGGUAUAGGUGCAAAAAUAGCAAAAGUUGGUGUUAAUGUGCAGUCAGUUUUCUCCCGAGGGGAUUCGAUCUUUCUUGGGUGCACAAACGUGAGAUCAUCAGGGAAAAAGCAGCCUUGUUCUCAAGUUCAACAGUUCUCAUUGCGCAAACAAAGGCUGUUCAGUACUUAUUCUUUGCCUGAAUCCAAUGCUCACUCCCAUUAUUCAGCCAUAACACAGGUUUGGGGAAAUUCAAACCUUGUCAUGGGUGUUUGUGGGCUGGGGCUUUUCGUAUUCGAUGCCUUGAAGGACGACGGGCUGCAGCCUUUCAUAUAUGAUUAUGGCAAUGCUCAAAAUGUCAGAGAGAUCGUUGGGCCAAAUGACUUGUAUUCCCCUUCUUUUGACUACUUGGCGUCUCGUGUUCUCUUGAUAUCCAGAGAUCGCCCUGCACUAUGGAGGCACUUGUCAUAGGUAAGAUAGAUGUUGAAUGACGUCACUAUAAUUUGUCAAGAAACCAUCGGCAUGCCUAAAUUCUAGGCGUUUAUGUUUUGCUUCUCGUACCAUGCUAUGUAGAACACAUAAAUGCGUAUGUGUUAUUUAUUGGUUGCGAACGUGUUUGGUUAGAAAACCUCGUGAGUGCAGCAUCACGCUGACUUUUUAUGUUCUAGUGUAUUUCGAAGAGUGAAGAACUUUGAUCAAUGUGCUCAUAUAUUUUCCUCCUCAGCAAAGUGUAUGUAUCCUGGCAAUCAUGAUUUUCUCAAUCUUUUUCAAACCAUUAGCCAAUCAUAUAUACACUGUUUUACUCGCUAAAACAGAGCAUCUUUGUAUGUAUCAUGGCAAUCAUGAUUUUCUUUAUUCCAAUCGUACAUACAUCUGAA